UGGAGCUACACAAUCCUUAAUACCACUACAAAUAUGUACAUACAUGUAUGCAUGCAUGUGGUUACCAGUCUAGGUAGUAGGUACCUAGGUAAUAGAAUAUUUGUAUGUACAUAUAUCUUAAUAUCAAUAAUGUUCAUAAACAUCAAUUCAAUCAAAGGCCUCGAAGGGCAAGGCGUAUUCUACAUGUUGGCAUCAGCUGUAGCGUCGCACCAAUUGGCUUUGACAAGGCUGCCCGCGUCCGUCGGUAGUACGUGUGCAACACAAACGCCAUACAAACAUGGCAGAGGCAGAUACAUACCCAUUAUACCACGAGUCGAGAGCUGAAAGGGCUGAUGUUAUUCUGUUUCAGUAUGGUCCUUUCUUUUCUCGUCUCCUCUCCCAUGACAGUCCAUACAUCGCCAUCCUCCAAAAAGCUACCAGGCACCUACUAGUUAGGUCCUUGUCUAGUACCCGAUAUCUACCUGUCCGGUGAUGAUCGUGAUGACGAUGAUGUUAUUUGGGAUAUUGCUAUCGCUGUUGGCACUCACCAACACCUUCUGCCUCGCCAAAGUCCAGUUCAAGACACACGUAUGGGACACGCAGCAAGCGAAGCCUCUGGUUCUCGAAUGGGCGGGCGCCAACGGCGCCGUCAACAUCACCUUGGCGAGGAUGACGACCGAGGGUUCAUCUACCUAUAUGCAGACCAACUCGAUCGCGGAAAACUACUCAGAAACCACGUUCACAUGGAAACCUUGGGACGACGACGGCCUGGUCCCAGGUACCUACGUCCUGCAGAUCGGCGACGGGCGAAGCUCCGAUGAAUCGCCCGCGCUGUCCUUGGCUCAUGGGUGUCUGCGGGCAAGAGAGGUAGGCGACGAUUACGAUGAUGAUCACGACAAAACCCUCCGCGAUGCCGGCGAUAACAACAGCACCACCAACGACCAGAGCAGCGCCGGGUACUCCCCCUCCGUCGUCACCGGCAUCGGCGUCGGCUCCACGCUCGGCGGCGUGCUGCUGCUGGGCUUGGUCGCCUUCCUGGUCUACCGCGGGAGGCAGAGGAAUAGGGGGAGGGCAUUGGGGGACCAGGAGGCGGGUGGGGGGCAGGGCAAGGGGAAGGGGAAGGGGAAGCAGGAAGGGACGGGGAAUCAGUUUGAUGUCACGGGUGCGCUUUAGUGCUGCGGUUGAGAAGGGGGGUGGGGGUUGGUGCUCGUGGGUAAAUUGGUAAGGUUAGGGGUAGGAGAGUAAGGAUUCAGGGGUACGUACGUUGAGUGUAGGUAAUGAUACACAUGUAUCUAGUCUUUCGACGCCAGGGCUAGCUUUAUUUGGCUUUGGAAAGCUUGUGGUGUGUCAUGGGAGAUGAAAGCAGCUCGUCUAGUAAUGCUUCCUACCAUCCAUUUGUGUUCAGUCCCUUUUCCCAGUAAAAUGUGGGCAGAUACGAAGUAGGUAUCUAAUUACAUCCGCGUAUAAAACCCCGUAUCCUGCCUCCAAACCGCGUUUGACUACGAGUAUCUUUAGCCUUUCUGCUGCCCCUUUUAUCUUAGCCCUGAACUACAUUUACCUACCUAGGCACUUUCUUACUAAUGCCGUAGAUGAUAAGACUGGCAUGCGGAAUGACUGAUAGCCGUUGUUAUGGGAUGGGUUUGUCAU